GCUUCUCAGAAAAAGUAGCACGUUGCAGUUCCGCGGCAGCUAUUAUCUCGACCACUAUCAUAGCUCAUCCACUAUCAUAGCUAUUAUCUCUCCACUACAACCCACACCGAUCUAGAGCUGAGUAGGCUGCGCUCUUUCAUUCAGUUUACAACUUUGAUGUUUUCAAUAUCUGCCAACGUUGUAGCUUCAGAUUAACUUCGACAUGAACAAGAUGACUCGUCACCACGAGCGUGGAGAUUACGAAUCCAGUACUCAGGAGGAGAUCGCUCGCUUGCAACGGGAGAUAGCACACUGGAAGGACGUGGUUCGUCGAUUGGGUCGUGAUGCGACUAUCGACGCUAGCAUAGCACCAAGCUUGGACGAUGACGAAGACCUGUUGUCGUUCAGUGCGAGAAGAAGAAGGAAUGAUUCGAAAAUCGCAUCGUUAGCAUUUCCAGGGUCCGAAAACACGAAUGGGAAAGACAGCAGAAAGUCUUAUGUUAUGGGUGUGGGUCUUAAGUAACUACUAGACGUUGGUCAAGAUAGUUCGUCCUUCGAUUCUUCUUUCUUACUACCUUUCCCAUUGAUAAUCAAAUGUGGUUUAAAGAGGUCGCGUUUACACAACUACGUAGAAGGAAGAAUCCAAAUUUUUUGGGAACAAUUCUCAACAGACCACUUUACUUCUAUCCCCACCAAAAAGAAGAAGUGUAUGUCUCUGUGUCUCUUCCAGUUUGUCUAAGAAUUUGUCUAAGAAUGCUCGUCCUCCGCCUUUGUUUCGGCUGAGCGAGUACGAAGGCGUCGCAUCAACCUGCGCACGUCAGCAAGAACAGAAAGCAGCGAUAAAUGCAUUACUUGCUGAGGAAGUGAGGAAGGUACUUCCAAAGGAUGAUAACUCCUCUUAAGGUCAACAUUUAGAUUUAGUGUCCAUCUUUCUCGGCAUCUCGGUGGGUGCCCUUGUUGUUUUCCCUUGUAUUCUCAUGAAAUACAACAAGGCAUAAGGGACCAAGAUGAGGGGGCCGAGAUGCAAUCGAGCGGACUUUAAUCCUCGUUCCAGCACAUCUACGACCGCAAAGAGCACCAACAAGUACAUCCAUGGCAACGUAUCGCAUUAUUGAUUGAUUCCCCGCAACUCGGCACGACGCGGGCUUUGCUGCAGAAUGUGCCUGAUUUUCCCGCUACGCAGAUAAUGAUCCCACAAUACGACCAACGACACUACCUGAGGAUGAUACACCACGCGGCAGAGACUGUUGAUUCGGGUAUUACAGAUCAUACAGCUAACGAUGACUCUUCGACUGGCAGUGCUCCUAGUACGGUCGCAUCAACACCAAGUCCGAAAAGCUCAAAUUCCAUGCUUUCAGCUCAAGAACAAGCAGAAAACGAUUGUAUCCAAGCCCAAUCGAAGACUAGUAGGCCUCCACUCAAAGCGGAGGCUAGGCCUCCACCAAUACCAAAUGUCCGUUGUCAACGGCUAGACCAUUGGCUUAUUGCGAAUCGGUCAGUAGGCUACGACUGCGUGUUGUUUUUUGCCGAUAUGGAAGGAAAUAUAGUGGGACACAAAGAAAAACGACUUUCACCUGCGAAGGAUAUUAUUAUGGGCAAUCAUUUUUAAUGUCCUAGGGUUUGGAAUAGACAUGAGCACGACUUUGGCCUCUGUGACUCAAAUUUUGUAGUUAAGAUCAAGAUCAUGUCACUUAGUACUUCCAAAGAAAGAACAUGAUCAUGGAAAUUUCUUUUCGUCAGAACAGUACCCUUCUACUGCCUUGCUGAGUUAACAUCUUGACCUCCUGCCACCUCCCCUUCCUCUUCUAACAUUUUGCGCUAUUUUCGCUAUGGCUAUCCUUCAAGGGGAACGGCAUCGAUUCUUGCGGUAACCUUGGAUUUGCGGGAUGGGAAAUUUUCGUUAGAAGAUGUCAUCGACUUCGUCCACACAGAGGCCAGUAUUAACACCUACAGUGCUGAGACAAUCCAAACUUUUUCCUACGGGAUGGGAUGUGUUGUUUUUCGCGUUGUAUCUUCACUACCCCAACUUUCAAAUAAGUAAAUGAAAACUUGCUUACUAAUGUCAAAUUUACUUGUAGUAUCGAUGUGGAGGUACAACUCCAACUUGGUCUUGGGGGAAUUCCUCAGCCUAUUUAUCGCCUGAUUCUUAUGGGUUUGAUGUUUUUGUAUGACAACUUGUUCUGGUU